CUUAAUAUUGCCUGUAGUUAAACUUCACCAGAAAUAAUGUAGGCUUUUGAUCAAAAUUGAAUGGUCUUAUACAUUACACGUGAUCAUUUCUGUCCGUAUUGGUAUUGUAGCCAUGGAAAUAUCGACACCGGACGAUAACAUCACAAAUUUUCCACCAAUCUCUACAAGCACAGACUUCAAUAUAAGUACAACGUCUUCCGACUAUGUGUACUCAAUAACCGUAUAUUAUAUAGGUGCAUUGACCUUUACGAUGCUCGUUGUCAUGACAGUAGCCUUUAUAAUCAUGUGCCAUGUCUUGCGUAGACUACGACAUAAGACCCGACCCCCAGAACCGGUCAGAAUGGCUAGUAAUAAUGAUUUUAACAUACGAAUUUCGGAUGUAUUUGAUGGCGGAAACAAACGAAGGAUGUCACGUGCUCCCGGACAGUCGAGGAAUACGGCAUACUUCAGACAAGAUUCGCAUGAAGCAAGUCGAUUUGAUCGGAUGUCAGUCGUCCCAUACGCUGUUUCAGUUGUAAAUGAUAAUUUGAAUCCACCACCGAUCAUUGGCGAACCGCCAAAAACUGAGCACCCGGGUACAAAAUUAAUGACUGAAACAGCAAAUCACAGUGUUACGCAGGUCAAAGACUCAACCGGCGUUAAUCCGAUGCAUUUAACACAAACAUUGCCAGAUAACUCUACAAAUAGUAUUCCCGCCAAUGGUUACUUGACAAAACAAAACAGAAUUAUUUCCCCGCCAACAUUACCGAACAGCAUUCCUGUGAACGAAAACACGACGCAACAAAACAGUUCUAGUUUGCAGUCAACACUGCCAAAUAGCAAUAAAACUAAAAUGCAUGUGAAUGUGGAUGAAAACUUGACGACGCAACAAAACAAAACUAUUUUGCCGUCAACACUGCCAAACAACGCUACCAAAAACAACCUUGCAAACGAAGUCUUGAUACAACAAGACAAAAUCGCCGGAACAGAUCUGCCAAAAAAUACAACGAAUGAGUAUCAAGUGCCUAGGUCAACAAAAGUGGUACAAGAUAAUGAUAAAACUCAUUACCAAAUUCCUGGAAACCAUUAUCAAACUCCUAAAAGUCCUUUAAUAUCAAAAUAUCCGAAUUAUCAAACUCCUAAAGCCCCUCGGAAAGUGAUAGCAUUAUGAUACAUAUUUACAUAUAAUUUAGCCGUUUUAGUCAUUAAAGUGAGAAAUUGACACUA